GGAUUCGUUCUGCCACACAACCUGUCAUCAUGUCGGCGUCUGCGGCGAUCGAGCAACGCAACCAAGAUGCGACCAUCUACGUGGGCAACUUGGACGAGAAGGUGACGGAAGAGCUACUAUGGGAGCUCAUGCUUCAAGCAGGGAUUGUCGUGAAUGUCCACAUUCCGCGGGACAAGGUCACGUCGCGCCAUGGCGGGUACGGGUUUGUCGAGUUCCGCACCGAAGACGACGCCGAGUACGCGACCAAGGUGAUGAACAUGAUCCAGCUGUUCAACAAGAUCAUCCGCGUGAAGAAGUCGUCCCAGGACACGAAGACGCUGGACAUUGGCGCGAACUUGUUCCUAGGUAACUUGGACCCGGACGUCGACGAGAAGCUUCUGUACGACACGUUCUCUGCGUUCGGGGGGAUCGUCGAGACGCCCAAGAUCAUGCGAGACCCAGACACCAAGAUGUCUCGCGGCUUUGGCUUUGUCAGCUACGACUCGUUCGAGGCCGCAGACCUUGCGAUCGAGUGCAUGAACACGCAGUACCUGUGCAACCGCCAAAUCGUCGUCCAAUAUGCGUACAAGAAGGGCAGCAACAACGAACGCCAUGGAUCGCAGGCGGAGCGUCUCUUGGCGUCGAGCAACCCGAACAAGCUCAAGCCGCACACGCGCUUUGCGUUCGCCACGCCCGCGGUGCCGCAGCCGCCACCCAUGCAGCAGCUGCCACCUCCCCCGCAGCAAUAUCACCACCAGCAGCAGCAGCAGUACCACCAGCCAUACCAGCAACAGCAACAACAGCAGCACAGCCAUUACCAGCCUCAACCUCCCUUGAUGAUGAUGCAGCAGCAGCAACCACAGCCCAUGAUGAUGAUGCAUCCGCAGCAGCACAUGCAGCAUGUCCCGCCGCCGCCGCCCCCGCCGAGUAUGUACAUGACGCACGGCGUGGCGCCACCGCCGCCGCCACCCCAGCAUUUUUAACCAGCAUAAGUACAACCAUUCUCAUCUCCA